UCAAGGUCCUGUGUACAUAACACUGAUACAAACAAGGUAAAAGAUAUAAAUAAUAUAUGUAAUAAUUAAAAACCUAUACAGCCGCUACGGUAUAAACAAAACAAUACCACAGUCUGUACCUAUAGUAGUUCUCAUCGCUGUCUAGUAAAAAGAAGCAAUUGGGUGUUACUAAGUAAUAAAAAUGGAUACAAAUAAUAUCGUACCGGAUACACUUGACCACGUCCCUUCGGCUAAAAUUACAGUUAUUUAUCCCGGAAAUAAAGAAGUGAUUUUUGGCGGUGAACUUACACCUACUGAUGUUUUAGAACAACCCCAAAUAUCAUGGGAAGCAGAUCCAGAAAAGUUGUAUACAUUGUUGAUGGUAGAUCCAGAUGCACCGAGCAGAGAAAACCCUACUUUCAGGGAAAUUAACCACUGGUUAGUGAUCAAUAUCAAAGGAAAUGACAUAGCUACUGGCCAAACACUGACAUCUUACAGAGGUUCCAGGCCACCCAAAGGUUACGGUCUUCAUCGCUACAUUUUUAUCGUUCAUGAACAAAAUGGUCCCAUAACGGUGAACGAACCCGAUUUAGAAAAUAAUAGAAGAAAUUUUUCUGCAAGAGCAUUUGCGAAAAAGUAUAAUUUGGGCUUACCUUACGCAGGAAAUUACUAUCAGGCCCAAUGGGAUUCGUCAGUACCGCUGGUACGUUAAUAAUACCUAACUAUAAGUACAUAAGUUUAAUUGUUAUAAUAUUUUUCUAUCGGUAUUAAUAAAUAUUUGCAUGAGAUUAUAGAAUAUACGAAUUUAUUUUA